GCACAUCAGAGAUGAAGUUGUAGUUUUUGUGGGAAAAAAUUGGAGACGAGGAGACGUCGAGAUUUUAUUGACUUUGGUGGAAUGCUACGAAGUUGUAGCAAUACUCAAUUUCAAAUCUCAGAUCACUAUUCUACUUACAACAUUCAAUUUCAAAUCUUAGAUCAUGUUGAGACCAUUAAGAUUGAGCGAUGAAGUCGUGACUGUUUUAACAACUUCAAGCGUCGUAGAGCUUAAGGCCCGCGAGUCUAUUCCACCGAUGUGAUUCUUCUUAAUGCACACGACAAACAAUGCGUUCCUCGAACUCUCUCCCUCCACGAAAGUUCGCGCCUGCAGCACGAAGAAAGCAAGCAGAACAACAGAUAAAAAGACUCGAUGAAACAGCGGCCAACAUACGGAAACCAUAUGUGGUGGAUAAAAAACUAAAAAUUUAUCAAGGUACUAAUUUUAGUCUCUAGAGGACGGCUUCAUGAAGAUGAUUCCUCCUACUCGAUUUUGAUCAUGAGACACGUCAACUACAGGAUACAAGAUCAUCUUCUAUGACCACUAUGAUCAUAUAUGGUAGUAGUUGUGGUCCUAGUCGCCCGAAUUACAAGAACUAGAAUGCGUAUGACAACGAAACCUUCACCAGAUCUGUUCGACGAGUUGAUCGCACGCGACACAACCUUUGGACCAUUACUGUCGAAAAUCAAAGACGGCUACGAGACUCUCUUGCAGGACGCUUCUUCGUCUAAUUCAUCAGACUUUUCUACCCGCAAUCUUCAAGAAGGCCCAUCUUCAAACUUAUGUCAAUGAUGGUGCCAUUUCCCCUUGAGAAGUUCUCAAUUUAUAGUUGUAGGGGAAUGUCGUUCCUAAUCCUAACGAGUAAGAAGGCAUCAAAGGGGCGGGAACGAGAUUCCCAUAUCGACCCUCUCAAUGAGUGAAAGCAUUCACUAAAGAACCCAAGUACUAGAAGAAAUGUCGAAGUCGUCGAAGCAGAAACGAGCUUGAUAGAAUCAAGCUGUUCAGAACUUAGACAACGUAUUAAGGACUCACGCGAACGACGCCAGCGGAUUGAAGAAGAGAUAACCUUGUUGAAAUGUACUAAAUAGGUGAUGUUGACAAGAUCAAGAGUGUUGUCAACAUACACAAAACGUACUAAGUAGAAGAUGAGUACGUAGCAUCAUGACAAGAACAGGAAUAUCAUCCGCAAAACAAUACCUGAUGAUGCAGAGAAUUCAUUCUUGUUACCAGGCUUGAUUCGCAUUCCGGAAGCGUCUUGGCUUUUUCCUUUUAGGGAAAAGUUUGUAUUGAGACUGAAGAUUUUAUUCUAGCACUAGCCC